AUGAAUGAUUCAUCGCAAAAGAUUCCAGGUUGGGUCAGUGAUGAUCUAAGACCCCUCGUCUAUAAUCAUGGUCUUGAAAAUAAAGUUAUGGAACUCGAUAAAAGUUUUGCCAGAGAAAAUAUAUUAGAGGCUUUGCAAGAGCUAUUACCCCGGGAUGAGAUGGUUUCUCGAAACCAGGCAGUUACCCUAUCUAAUCAAUCCGUUCAUAGUCUACCAGCACAUUCCGAAAAUUUCAUUUCGAGAAAAGGGAUUGCGAAGCAUUCAGGUGGCGCAGAAGUAGUACCAUUGUCCCAAGAAAUGCCUCUAGCAUCAGUGACUGUUCCUGUCGUUAUUAACUCUCUAAUGUCGCCGAUGGUAUUAUAUUCCAUACUUGCUUUUCUACUGAUUGCGGUUAUAUGGUUUGUGGUCAGGAAAUACUGGAAUUCAUCGAAAAAAAGUAAUACUGACUAUUCUCCUAACCGGAACUAUUUUUAUCCUCUCUGGGCAUAUCCGAGGUCGGGAUGUAUGAUCGGAGGCCGGAAGAUCGAAGAUUGA